AUAAACGUCAAGAACAUGAUGGAAAACAUUCUGAUGUGAAGUGCCCUUUUGUUUUGAUCAGAGGGCGCGUCAAAUCAUAUGUCCGUACCACGAUGGACGUGGACACUGUCGAAAUAGAGGACUUCGAUUACGGUGAACUGAAAAACGACACUGCCUUUAUCAACAAAAACGAAAACCUGUCAGAAUGCAUCGAACGGAUCCGGCAAAAUCUGGCCAUUGCCAGAGAGGACUACAAAAAUUAUGAAAGCUUUACGCUGGAGGAGAAGGUGAAGUACGAUCUGCAUUUGUCCUAUAGCAUCAAUUCGCUCUACUGGAUGUAUCACAAAAUUAUAGGAUUGGAUCCCAACAAGCACGGAAUCAAAGACGAGCUCGCUCGCAUCAAAGCUGCCAUGAUCCGGGAGAAGGAAGUCUACGACCACAAGUACAGCCGACCGUUGCUGGACCAGGGUGCAGCCAAGCGCUUCAUCCGAGCGGGUCUGUACGACCACAAACAUCGGGAUAAGCCGGAAGCCAUCGAUCCACCGCCAAACAAGAAGAUACGGUUUGACGACUAGCACGGGAAAGAGCUUUUGUUGUUCCUUUUUCAGGGUACAAAUUUUCAACGAUUGGGUGACGCUGCAUUGAUGAAGGCUACCUGACGAAAACCUAGUUUUAUAUAAGUCGAUUAUUUUCCUCAUAUUGCAGAUUCCGUAUCUGGAUAACUGCAGCAGUAGUCAGAUUUGGAGUCGACAAUACUUUCAUUUGCUUUAAUUGCUUGUUGGCAAGAAUCCUCAGCAAAUAUUAUCCUAAUUAAUAAAAGAUUGGCAAAGAAA